CUACUAUUUUUACAUGUCGAUAAUAAAAACGCCCCCUAUUCAUUUUCAAUAGGGGUCUGAGAUCCGGAGCUAAUACAGACAUAACCAGCCAAASACGCUGAUCUCUACAUUGUUCAAGGCUAGAUUUUGUUAUCGUUUUGAUUUCUAAAUCUGAUCUUCGAAUCAACUUUAUUUGAAACCGUAUAAAACCGGCUUAACAAACUUGGGAAUACUGGAGAUAUACUGAUGGCAAUGAGGGGGCAACGUUUGAAUGACUACAUAAAACUGGCCUUGGUUUUCAGUUUUGCUGUGUGCUGUGAAUCAGUGAAYAUACUYUCAAAAGACAAUCUACAUUUCAAGUUUAUCAACUUUUUCCAUAAGCCUGGCUUAGCUCUAAUCGAUAGUUUAGUGGCCAAUGUCAAUGUUACAGAUCUUACAUCUUGUCAGAUUCACUGCGUCGACCACAAGGACUGUUUGUCUAUCAACUUUGGCAACAAGACAAACCACAACGAUUUCGUCUGUGAGCUGAACAAUUCGACAAGUCUAGCGAAGCCGGAUAAAGUUAGAAGACGAAAAGGAUUUGAGUUUUAUGGACCAGCUGAUCCCUGUUUCUCCAAUCCUUGUUUGAAUGGUGGUACUUGCAUAUCGAAUACCUCUGACAACACGUACCGAUGUAACUGUGGACUAGCAAUCCCAACGUUACCUUAUCUUAAUGACAACUGUGCAAUCGGCAAAACAAUUUCCCGCCGGUUUCAAGUCUACAAGAAUGUCUUUAUUCAAAUAAUAAACAAAACCUACUCGCUUAACUAUUAUGAAGCCCAAAGGGUGUGUGAAAUAUUUGGGGCUCGUUUAGCCAAUUUAAAUCAACUUACAGCUGCGUGGAAAACGGGUUAUGACAAAUGCAGUUAUGGUUGGCUCAUUGAUGGUACAUUGAGAUAUCCUAUUUUUUAUCAACGUUAUACGAUGGGAUGUGGUGGACUUGGACCUCCCAGCAUCGUUGGUAGCUCUGCUCCAAGAAACAAAGACCAUGAUAAGUCGUGUGCAUACUGCCACAGGGAUACCGAUCAAUGUAAUGAAGAAAACUGGCAUCAAAACGACUUAAAAUGUUUUAAGUUUUUCCUGGACACCAAGGCUUCCUGGGAUGAUGCAUCUCGCACAUGCGCACAAGAAGGAGGUAAUCUUGGUGUGUUCGGAAGAAAGGGAGGACUGCACUUUGUGACGGACUUUGUUCAAAGUCGAAAUAAGUCCAACGAACAAAUCAUGGUUGGUCUUCGACAGGAUGAAUCAAGGGGAUGGAAAUGGGUCGAUGGGACGUCUGUUGCCUCCUCCCUUUGGAAUCUAACCGCUCCUAAUGGAACAAUAGGAACCAUCAAUUUGCGAUUGAUAUCACUAGACAACGUACCUGACACACAACUGUUACCAUUCGUUUGCGAAAAGGACCUCCCUUAAAAUCUACAG